UCGCACAGGCAUCCACUAGAUGGAAUUGGAAUUCAAAAGAGAGAUCAAAUUAUAUAAACUAAUUACCUAGAGGUAAUUUGUACUUGCACCGUAGUCUGGUAGAACAUUAACUGCGUCUACCAUGCAGCAGGCUUCUAUGGUACUUUUGUUUCUUCUUCUUUUGGCCAUUUCAAUGGCAAAUGCUCAACAAAGAAACUUCAACUUGAGCCGAGGCUCUACUCUCUCUCCCAUGGGAAACUCAUCCUUGUUCUCACAAUCUAGCACUUUUGCCUUCGGGUUCUUUUCUUUUGGCGACGGCUUUGCAAUUGGCAUAUGGUACGAAGGAACUCCACAAAAAACUGUCGUCUGGACAGCCAAUCGGAAUGAUCCUCCAGUGUCUCGCAAUGCCACCAUAGGAAUGACUAACGAUGGUAGGCUUAUCUUGCAAGAGGUGGGGGGCCAAGAAAAACCCAUUGCCAAUACUACAGAACCUGCUAUAUUUGUUUCCAUCCUUGAUUCUGGCAACCUUGUUCUCUACAAUUCGAAUUCAACAAUUAUAUGGCAAAGUUUUGAUUACCCAACAGACACCCUUCUGCCAGGUCUACUUCUACGAGCUGGUGAUCAACUCUUUUCUAGUAUCUCUGAAACCAAUCACUCAAUGGGAAGCUUUCGGAUCAAGAUGCAGAUCGAUGGGAAUAUUGUAAUGUAUCCAGUUGGUUCUCUUGAUGCUCCAGACUUUGCUUAUUGGGAAUCAGAUACAAAUUUUGUAGGAAAGAAUGCAACUCUGACGCUAGAUGGAAACGGCCGCCUGUACAUGCUCAAUAGUAGUGGUGCCGAGGUGAAAAACAUCAACAAUGGAGCAGUUCCCUCUGGUGGGAAGAUUUAUCGAGCCACAAUUGAUGCAGACGGGAUAUUCAGGGUGUAUUCACAUAACUUGAUUGAGAAUGGUAGUCAAUCAAUCGUGUGGUCUGCACCAGAAGAUAGAUGCACUCCUAAAGGUAUAUGUGGCAUCAAUGGGUAUUGUGAUCUCAUAAGUCAACAACCUGUUUGUGCUUGUCCUCCUGGUUUUGUUUUCAUCAAUCAAGAUCAAAGAAAUUUGGGUUGCAAUAGAAACUUCAUUGUAGAAAGUUGUGCUUUUAAAAAUGACCGUAUAGAGUACACUAUUCAAGAAUUGCAAAACACUAUAUGGCUAGAAAGCACAUAUGCCAUUUUGUCUUCUAUGACAAUAGAAGAAUGCAACCUGGCAUGUUUAGAGGACUGCAAUUGUGAAGUUGCUCAAUUCCAAGGACAAGAAUGCAAGAAACAAAAGCUUCCAUUGACGUUUGGGAGAAGAACACAGCAGGAAGCUGGCAACCCAACAACGCUUGUUAAAGUGGGCAUGGACUCAGGUAGGAAUGGGACAAUGGAUCCCAAAGAAGCCCGCAAGAAAGUUUUGCGAAUGGAUAUCUUAGUCAGUGGUGUUGCAUGUCUUUCUUUUGCAUUGAUUGUGCUAGCCUUUGCCACCUUUCUUAUCUUUAGAUAUCGUCGUUGGGCAUACAAAAAGAUUCUUUAUAAAGCUAAUGAUCAAGGAUUGAUUGAUGAUGUUUCUCUUCGAGCUUUUACUUACAAUGAGCUCAAUGUUGCGACGAACGGCUUUGUCGAAAAAUUGGGUAGGGGCUCUUUUGGGACAGUCUUCAAGGGCACCUUGUCAGAGCAGAGAAUAAUUGCCGUCAAGCGGCUUGAGAAAGUGGUGGCUGAAGGAGAAUUGGAAUUUCGAAAUGAGAUGAGGUCCAUUGGAAGAACCCACCAUAGAAACCUUGUUCGCCUGCUAGGUUACUGCCAUGAUGGUUCCAAUAGGCUUUUGGUGUACGAGUAUAUGAGUAAUGGAACACUCUGUGACUACCUUUUCAAAUCCCAAUUAAAUCCAAAUUGGGAAGAAAGAAUCAACAUCGUUUUGCAUAUAGCAAGAGGUAUCGUGUACUUACAUGAGGAAUGUGAGACACAAAUCAUCCAUUGUGACAUAAAUCCCAACAACAUACUAAUGGAUGAGUACGGGCAUGCCAAAAUUGCAGACUUUGGAUUGGCAAAGCUAUUGAUGCCAGACCAUUCUAGGACUCUCACUGGGAUUAGAGGGACAAGAGGUUAUGUUGCCCCAGAAUGGCACAAGAACUUGCCCAUCACAGCAAAAGUGGAUGUGUAUAGCUUCGGUAUUGUCUUGUUAGUUAUCAUAUGCUGCCGUCGGAGCAUCGACGUGAAUGUCCCAGAAAGUGAAGUUGUUCUUAUAGAUUGGGUCUACGACUGUUUCACGGCCAAUGAUGUAUGCAAGCUGGUGCCUAAAGAAGAAGUAGCGGACAAACAAAGCUUGGAGAGAAUGGUGAAGAUUGGGCUUUGGUGCAUUGAAGAGGAGCCUGUAGUACGUCCUUCAAUGAAGAAGGUGCUUCAAAUGUUGGAAGGCAAUGUAGAUGUACCGAUUCCUCCAUGCACCCGUUCUUCAUUGUAGCAAAAUAAUAUUGAUUCUUCCAGCUAGUUGUUCCGAUAUCUAGGUCUUGCAUGCCUUGAGCCUCGGAGCUUGGACUUGGGUGCUAUUUCUAAAAUGUGUAGCAAUUCUUUUUCUAGGGUAACAUGCAUGUUAUAUUGAAUUUGAUCCCUUGGGUCUUAGAAUUAAUCAUUCUCAGUGCUAUAUGUAAGCCCGGGCAAGUACUAGCACAUAAGGCAUGGCUUGUGAUUUUGAGAUUACACAUACUAAGAAACCAAAAUACUUUA